AUGGUGCUGGGCAACUAUCGUUACAACAGAUGGAGCUACAAUUCUCAACCGAUAUUCACGACGUCGCGUUUCGGGAAGAGGCCAUUAACCGCCGCGGAACGACAACGACGAUACAGAGAACGUUUAAAAUUGGUUAAUCCGGAGAAAUGGGAAGAAAUGCGCAAAAAGAAUUUGUUGAGAACUAAAAUGAAGUAUCGACCUGUAAAUCAACUUAACGAAGUUGAAAAAACUAUUAAACGAAGGGAAUGGAGAAGAUUUAAACGAAAUAUUCGUGUUGCUAGAUGUGAAGAUCAAAGAAAACGCAAAACACGGGAAGAGUAG